AUGCGUGUCGAAAACUGCUUUUUCUGCGGGAGGCCCGCGUGGCCAAGUAAGGGCAUUACCUUUAUGCGAAAUGACGGCAAAUCCUUUCGUUUCUGCCGGUCCAAAUGCCACAAGAACUUCAAGAUGAAGCGCAACCCGCGCAAGCUCAAGUGGACCAAGGCAUACCGCAAGAACGCGGGCAAGGAGAUGGUGGUGGACAGCACGCUGCAGUUCGCGGCCCGGCGGAACGUGCCGGUUCGGUACGACCGCGAGCUCUUCGCCAAGACGCUCAAGGCCAUGGAGCGCAUCAGCGAGAUCCGUGCGCGCCGCGAGCGCGUCUUCUACAAGAAGCGCAUGGCCGGCAAGCGCGCCCGCGAGCUGGCGGCCGCCCGCAAACUCGUCGCCGCCAACGAGCACCUGCUGCCCCGCCUGCGCGGCAGCGAGAAGCGCCGCCUGGCCGAGCUGGCUGCCGAGCGCGGCGUCGAUGUCGAGGAGCUGGAGCGCGAGGAGUUGGCGAACUUGCGCGCGAGCAAGAAGAGCAAGGCAUUUGGUGGCGAGGUGCGCAGGCUCAGGGUGCGGACGGACGGCGGUGUCGAGGAGAUCACCGAGGCGACUGGCGGCCAUGUCGACGAGGAUAUGGAUGACGAUGACGACGAUGACGACGGUGAUGAGGAGAUGGAUACGGAUUGA